GCGACAUAGACGCUCUUUGUGGGCUUGUUUUGCACCGGGAGGGGGGGACAGGUGGUGCCGCGCGCGCGUGCGUAGCGUGCGCGUGUUUGUGUGUGUGUGUUGAAACUAGCAGGUGGGCCACGGACACAACAUCAACCCCGGAGACAGUUGUCCCGGGGAUGUCAGGCCGGCGUGUACGGGAUCAGUUUUUGCCAGAGACAGGUGCGCCAGGGAGGAGUUGUUCACGAAGCCCGACUCGGGAUCUGGCGUCGCGCUAACGAGCCUCUCCUCUCCCCUCUGACCACUCUCGGAUUUUCUUGUUGUUAUUGGAGGGAUCCAGCGGGACUCGCGACCGACUCAUAGGCUACUGCAAGUUUCCCCCACCCGUUAUCAGAGACUCCGCCGUGGUGUUGCUAUGGCGACCGUGGCCCCUCCCUUCUUCCUGCUUUGCUGGCUGCUCCGAGCGGCGAGCACGGCGUUCCCAGAGGAGCUGGGGCCUCUCAACUUCAUCCCCACCGAAGUGGUGAGAAGACACCCGGUGUUCCUGGGCCGACCCCACCGGACGUGGCUGAGACAAGAGCCUCUACACAUCCAGAGGAUCCUCCAAGUCAAUCGGACACUCUACAUCGGAGCCAGGGAUGACCUUUUCCGCGUGGAGUUGGACAUCGUCGGAGGAGACGAGAUGUUCUACAGCAAGAAAAGGACGUGGGAGUCAAACAAGAAUGACAUCAGGAUCUGCAGGAUGAAGGGCAAACACGAGGAUGAAUGCCGUAAUUUCAUGAAGGUGCUGCUCAGCAGACAGGGAGGCCUGUUUGUGUGCGGGACCAACGCCUUCAACCCGCUCUGUGCCAACUACACCGGAGACACUCUGGAGAUGGUCGGUGACACGGUCAGCGGUAUGGCGAGAUGCCCUUAUGACCCCAAACACGCAAAUGUCGCUCGGUUUGCAGAGGGAAAUCUGUUCACAGCCACCGUGACAGACUUCCUGGCCAUCGAUGCGGUGAUCUACCGUAGCCUUGGGGACAGUCCCGCUCUGCGCACCGUCAAGCACGACUCCAAGUGGUUCAGAGAGCCGUAUUUCGUCAACGCCGUGGAGUGGGGACCUCACGUCUACUUCUUCUUCAGAGAGAUAGCCAUGGAGUUCAACUACCUGGAGAAGGUGAUGGUGUCGCGCGUGUCGCGCGUGUGCAAGCGCGACCUGGGAGGAUCCCAGCGCGUCCUGGAGAAGCAGUGGACGUCGUUCCUGAAAACGCGGCUGAACUGCUCGGUGCCCGGCGAUUCCCACUUCUACUUUAACCUGCUCCACUCCACCAGCUCCAUCAUCAGUAUGCACGGCAGGGACAUCAUCCUGGGGGUGUUCUCCACACCGGCAAACAGCAUCCCCGGCUCGGCGGUGUGUGCCUUCGACAUGGAGGAGCUGGCUGGAGUGUUUGAGGGGAGGUUCAAGGAGCAGAAAUCACCCGAGUCCAUUUGGACGCCUGUUCCAGAUGACGUCAUCCCGAAGCCGAGACCCGGCGGCUGUGCUGUUCAAGGUUCCAGGUUUAAUUCCUCAAACUCGUUCCCCGAUGAGAUGCUCAACUUCGUCAAGACCCAUCCUCUGAUGGACGAGGCCGUGCCGUCACUCGGAACAAGACCCUGGAUUGUCAGAACCAUGGCCAGGUACCAGCUGAAUAAGAUUGUGGUGGAUACAGAAGCCGGUCCUUAUAGAAACCAGACCAUCCUGUUCCUCGGGUCGAGCAGAGGGACCAUCCUCAAGUUCCUCAUCAUGCCGAACCAGGACAACACCGUCACCAACAACAACAUCUUCCUGGAGGAACUGGAGGGAUUCAACCCUGAAAAGUGUGCCGAAGACUCUCUGCAGGCCAGGCAGCUGUUGUCUCUGACUCUGGAUCGGGUGAGCCACACCCUGCUUCUCGCGUUCCCCUCCUGCGUGGUCAGAGUACCGGUGGCACGAUGCCAGCUCUACUCCCGAUGCAUGAAGAACUGUAUCGCCUCCAGGGAUCCGUACUGUGGCUGGACCAGAGGAAGCACCUGCUCUUUCCUGAGACCUGGGACCAGACUGCCGUUCGAGCAAGAUGUUGAACAGGGGAACGUGGCCCACUUGGGCGACUGCGACGGUUUGCUGCUCCAGGAGAGUUUCAUCGAGGAGCCCGACGGCCUGGUGUCCGUCAACCUGCUGGUGGUGUCGGCCGUCUCGGCCUUCGCGACGGGCGCCGUCCUCUCCGGCCUCGCCGUCUGCUGGAUCAUGACCCACCGCCACCGCCGCUCCGGAGCCGGCGGCGCCCGCCGCAAAGGCGACAAGGAGCAGAGCGUGCUGGGACAGGGCCGCGGCGGCUCGGUGAUGAGCGUGACCAGGACCAGCGGCGGCGAGCGGCGCCGCUCGCAGGCGGACAACCCCUUCGCCGUGCCCAACGGCUGGCCCAAGGGGGAGAUGGACCCCGGCCUGCUGCCCACCCCGGAGCAGACCCCGCUGCAGCAGAAGCGCUGCAUGCGCCUCCCGGACACCGACUGGGACCAGAGCCAGAGCUUCCUCGCCGCCGUGGGGACGCCCUGCCCCAACAACUCCGUCAUCUACCUGAGCUCCAAGUUCCUGCACGGCGGCGGCGUGGUCCGGAUCGAGGACCCGGGGGAGGUGGUGCUGCCCCCGCACACAGAGCGCCAGCGCUACCUGAUCCUCGCCACCCAGAGAGGGGAGCACGGCGGCGGCGGUCGUCCCGGCGGCGGCGCCCUGAGGAACUCGGCGGGAGACUACAUCUACCCCGCCACGCCGCAGGACUCCCCCGACCGACGGAGGGUGGUGUCCGCCCCCACGCCCCACGUGGACUACGGGGAGCCUCGCUGGAGUCACGAGGCGCUCAACUACAACGGCGGCAGCGGGGCGCCCUGCCACGCCCAGCGCCCGGGCCUCAUCAGGCCAGAUAUGCACGGGCCGCGAGGGCUGGGAGACCUGGCUGACAUCAGCCAUCUCCUCGGGAAGAACAUGGGAGAGCGCGCCCCUAGUGGCCAGUGAGGCAAAGUACGUGAGCCCCGAGCUCUGUCUGGACACCCAUUCCCUCCAACAGCAGACUGGAAUAAAUCAACCCCUCAGACUCUCUGUCCAACCGUACCCCGUCCGUCCUCUCUCACUGUCAUCCAACGUCCUGACGUCAUUCGGCUGACUGAAGAGGGAGACAGAGAGACGGUCGAGAAAGAGGAGCCAUCUCUCCUCUCGUCUCCGCUCCUCUGCUUCUUUUUAGAAAUCCGAGGUGCACCCCUCUCUGCUCCGGAAGUGGUACACCCCCCCCCCCCCCCCAGAGCUCGCCUUUGGCACCACAGGACGAACAGUGAGGUGAAGAGAGAGAGGGGGGGUGUGCAAAGGAAAGGGAAUCUUCUCAAAGGAGAGUGUGUGUGUGUGUGUGUGUGAUAAAGAACAUUCAAAAAGACAAUUUCCCCUCGCAGCGCCAAAUGUGAAAGGUCUCCCUCCGCCAUGCUGCUCACCCCCCUUUUGACACCGUGGAUCUCCUUUGAGCGUUCAUUUUUGUUUCGGCUUUUUUGUUGUUUUGUUUUUCCGUGCCAGCGGCAUCCAGCAGACAACAAUGUGCUUUACUUUGGAUUUCAGAUGAGACUAAAACUGUUGUAGCCGUGCCAGAGGGCCGUGACUCUCAAUAAAUCAUGCAGUGUGUGUGUGUGUGUGUGUGUGUGUGAAUGUGAGUGGCCACGACAACCCCAACCAGUGUCCUGUCCUAACUGUGAAGUAUAACUAUAUAAUGACAUUUCUAUACAGAGGAGGAUGAAGUUCACAUUAUUUUCCCCUUUUUUUAUAAACAAUCGCAGAGACACACAAAUGGAUUUUAAGAAACGUGUCAGUGCGUUGACCAAUCGGAGGUGUGAGCCGGUGGGCCAGUGGCUCGUGAAGGGGGCGUGACCUCCCAUUGACAUUUUUUGGUGUGAUUCCCAGCACCUGGACCGAGCCAUCACGAAGUGAAAGAAAGCAAUAAUGAGACAGAUAAGGGCGAAGAAGAAGAAGAAAAAAAAGGCAAUUUAAUUUGAUAUUUUAUAAAACAGCUGUUUUUUCUCUCUGAUCAAAGCAAACUGAAGUUUCCAGAUGUCAGGCGGAGAUGGGGCGCUGGGAAAAAGGAACAAUACCUCGCCUCCAUUCUUCCCUCCCGAGCCGACUCUCAGAGCGCCCGGGUCCGCCUGACCCGACGGCCCCCCGCGGACCCCGCGGUCCAUUCGAAGGAGGGGGAAUGUGAGCCGUGGCUGUCUGAGCUGGGGGGGGGGGGCGCUCGGGAGCUCCAUUCAGCCUCUCCUGCCCGACACUGAGCCUCUUUGUGCCCCGGGAGCCGGAGGAGACCGCGGCAACAAAUAGCCGUGAGGAGUCGGGGACCCUCGACCGCAGCGCGGCCCCCGCAGAAUAUCAAUGAGGAGGAGGACGGCGUGUGAGACGGACCGACCGGGACCCGGGCGUCUCUCGUGCUCUCUGCCCCGCUCUGGUUGGUCGUUCCCCCGGACGAGAGAUGGAGGAGCAGAGGGGGCUGAGGCGAGGGGGGGGGGGGGGGGGCGGAGGCCGGCUGUCACAAUGCUCAUCCCCUUGCGGCUUCAUGCCGCUCAGUGUGUUUCACAACAAAAGCGGGGGUAAAGAAAACAGGCGGGCCCGUUGUGUCCGAUCCUUUGAUGUUCUCUGUGUUCACUUCUUCUCGUGUCUCCUCCCAUCCGCGUCCCUCGAUUCAAACGUAGAUCCAGAGAGAGCUCGGAGCUCAUCCGGGUCACGGUGUGCGAGAGGUGUCUGUCGGCGUGUGUGUGUGUGUGUGAGUCUCUCCGGGUGUGUGUCCAUGAACGCGUUACUCAUAUUGAGUGCAAAACACUGCUUUGAUCAGUUGUGCUUUCGUUCUCAGCCGUCCUCUUUUACUUCACCUCUCCCCCUCCCCCGGUUCUUUCUCUUAUCGAGGCGUUGACGUUCUGCGGCGGCCCGUUUCUCGACAUUCACACGUCCGGGCUAAAGGCGUCGGGAGACUCGCGUGGGAGUGCGAUGCGAUGUCGAUUUAAACUGUUACACUGGACACAGAGAAUGGCGGCUGGAAUGGAGAAGCUGGACUGUGGUUGGAUAGAUGCACAGUGUGUGUGUGUGUGUGUGUGUGUGUACACACAGAAACUAGAAUAUAUUUGGAAUUUACAAAUAAUAGUGCAGGCUAGCGCGAGACAAUGCUUUUAUGAAUGAAAUAAUAUGAUGAAGAUUUUCCUAUUUUUCCACAAAUCCCACACAUAUAUUUUUCAUUUAAAAGCGGCGAUGUCGUUGUCAGCCUCUUCAUUGUGGCUGUUUUUAUAGCAAUAAUGCCCAAAAAGAUCAACGACGCACCAAACGGCAAUCAGUCAAGCUAAACAUUUCAAAUGUUAAAGUCCAAUUAGAGGGAAAUAAGAGUAAAAUCACAACAUAAAAACACAUGAGAAACAGUUUUAAAUCAGACGUAAUAAACCAUAAACCAUAGAAUUUGAAAACACUACAUUAGUCAUAUUUUCAGUGAAUCUCAGAUAUUCUACAAGGCUGAAAAACGGAGUUUAAGAUUUGAUUUAUUGGACAGCAGAAGAUAUUCUAAUGUCAUGCCAACAUGAUCUGUUAACGAUCCUGUUAACACGAGCAGUCGCACGAGAAGCUUCUCUGGAAAACAAAAUGUGUAAAUGUGACCUCUCGAUCAGAGAGAGAGAAGAAGAAGAAGAAGAGGAAGAAAAACAUUAUAAAUCAGACCAAAUAACAGCGGGCGGUUUUCACAACACUUCUUCUUUUACUCUCGCAGCAUUGAUGUGCUGCACUCGGCCCUAAAAAGGAGACGCAGCCGGAGCUGGAGGUCCAGCGUGAGACGAGCUAGUGAAAGAGAUUUAUGAAAGCAAGGAGGAGGGCGGGCGGACAUGAUGGUACUGCAUCACCGCCUCGGCGCUCGAGUCCGGGGGAUUCUUUACACAUUCCGCCCUGGAACGGGUCAUUAGUGCCGAGGAUACGGAGCCGCGGCUCCGACUCUCUUUAUCUCCCUCGUCUCCAUCUCGGCUGUGACCUGAGUGCUGCUUGUCUGCCCGUGUGUGAGUGUGUGUGUCUGUGUGUGUGUGUGUGUGUCUGAGGGCCUCUCCGUCUCGGUCCGGCGUGCCCGGCCAGCCGUGUCUGCGCUCCGCAUCUCUUCUCCACUAAACAUGCUUGAUUAGGCAACGUACAUCUCCCCCCCCCCCCUCCUCCCCCUAAUGGCCCGAUGAGUCCUCGAGAUGAUUGCGUCAGACACACACAUCCGCCCCCUGAGAGGGAGGCGCCCGUUCGACCAGCCUCUACGCCCCCCCUCGUUUACUCGCCGUCGGCCAUUUUUUAAACCAGAACGUGCGACGCAGUUGAGUCGGAGCUCGAGCACGAGAUGUCGGCCGUCGGCGACGUCAUCUUACCGGCUGAGGAAUGCAGGUGCAGCCCGGCGGAAGUCGUCCUCCUCCCUCUUCUUCACAUACUUCAUGUCAUUCCCAUUCCUCCAGCUGCACUUUGUCAGACUCACACACACACACACACACACACUAUAUCCCAAUCCAUGUCCAGGCGGGGCCUUCAUCCUGUGUGUCACUAUUAAAGGUGAGCUCCGUUAAUAUAAUGAGUCGAUGACAGACAGAAAAAUAAAAGCGUUUCACAGAAUUUCGCUUUAUUCCACAUUUCAUCUUUAAUGUGUUUCCAUUUUUUUUUAAGACACUUUCAAACCCUCUCAUGCGGUAAAUUGCUUUUCUUUUCCUUUUUUUAUUUUUUUUUCGUUUUGACACAUAUUGCCUCCAGUCCCACACACACACACACACACAGAUGAAAUUCCCACCCAGCCCUCAUGACCCAGUCUGCCCGUGUUCUUAUUUAUCAGGUUGUGUCUGUGUUCUUGUUAAAGUGACCACGCCGUUGUGCCCCUCCCUCCCCCCCCACCCCCUCAGCCAAUAACUGCCAUCUCGCCCUCCAGCGCGUCUCGGUGCCGGACGCGCUCCGGCUCCCAGAGAGAGUCCGGAGACGGAGGCCAACUUUGACUGAAUCCGCCGUCACACGUCGACGUGAGAACUGCUCCUUUCCGAGCCGCCGUAAUGCGAGAGGAAGAGGAAGAAGAGGAGGGGACAAAAAGCACAAACACAAGGCGGGAAACAAAAAUCCACAUCGCCGUCGUCGUCGUAAAGUUGCCGAUGUAUUCAGUCAGCUCUGAUCAUCUCUGUCAUGUUUAUUUUUAUUUUUAUAUAGUUUGUUUCCGUGGUUGAUAUUUGGUUUGAAAUGAUAAGGAACAUUAUUGUAUAUGAUUUCACUGUCUCUGGUGUGCCGGAUUUGAUGAAGAUGAAGACGACGGUGACGAUGAAGCCGUUGUGUGAGCAGCACUGAGGUGCGAAUGAACUCCCGCGAAGUGGUUUCUCCCGCUACUGUGAAGGGCCCCGUCGUCCUGUGGCCCCCACCAGAGGCUGAGGGGGGGGGGGCACUGCGUCAUCCGAUGACAUCACAUGUCCCUACUACGUGUACAUAACAUUGAUGCUUACAUGUAAUUUAAGUACAGUAGCUGCAUGACGACACAGCCUCUGUGUGUGUGUGUGUGUGUGUACAGAAGUAGCGACGUGUGAAUUUGUACAGUACAUGCAAGUGUGUGUGUGUGCGCGCGCUUGUGUCCGCAAAGAAACCUGUCUGUCGUCACGCAAAACGAAACACGUGCAUGCACCCUACGACAACUGCCCAGUACACACAUCCACUGUAUACAGACGCCACACGCACACACACACACACACACACUCCAGCAGUUGUUCACCAUUCUCCACAUUGUCCUGAGCUCUGCCUGUCACUCCGCAUGGAGACUUUGCUCUAUGUCAACUUUCUUAUUCUAAUAAACCACUCAGACAUUGA